AUGCUGUUCGUUUCGUUUGCUCCUCAAACACUAUACAGCACGAAUACAGGGUUCAGAGCUGCUCGUUGUAGGCGGCGUGCGCGUACACCCAACACACGAUAUUGCAACGUUGUCGCUCAGGUCGGGACGCGCCGUCAACGAGUGGCCAUCACAGACCUCGUCACCGAGAUAGUGCUCUCUUUCGACCAGGUGCGUAUCGUAUCAGCAACAGGCAAAACCGGGGCAGCUGUCCUGGAGACCACAUUUCCACUCUUGGCGGAGGGCGCCCACGUGCGUACGUUCGAAACGGUUAUCAACCGAGACGCUGGCGGCGAUCCCACGACAAGUCAAGUGGUGAGCGUGCUCACUCCAGACCGAAACUUCGAGCUACACCUAGACAGUUCUCGGGUUAAGUCGGUGCAGUUUGUUCGAGAAACACGACCCAGAGGAACGACGGAGCGCGCACAUCACGCCCGCGGCGCUGGCGAGACCGCUGACCCCAAUGGAGGUGCCGAAGACGCCACAGUUUUCAGCAUCCGGUGGCUAGAUGCCGAUGAUAACAUCAUCCUCAAUAUGAUUGUGGACGGUCCCGAUGCAUCCUCGGUUGCAGUCGACGUGGAUAGACAGCGCCUUCGAGCAUCGGCUAUUGCCGCCUGGACGGCUAUGCGUGACAAGUACGGCGACUGGCUGGAUAUCGACACCGGAGCGUGA